GUUGCUGUUGGUUGUGCGCGCAAUUUCCGGUUUCCGUUUCCGCCAAAACCAACAUCCGUGGGGGCACCCCCACCAAUUUGCCCAAAACGGAGGCCCAAAAGUGUUAAUUAUUCAGGCAACUAAUUUCGCGUGUGCAAAGCACCAAGAAAACUCCACAGAAAGUGAAAGAAAACUUCUUUAAAGUGAUAAUUUUCAAGCAAAGGAAAGUGUUGGCAGCAUCCACAGCACAGGACGACAAAACAGACAACAGAACAGAUCUCUUCCACAUGUGCCAAUUGCGUGAGAGCUGAGGAGGGAAACAACUCCAAGGAUUGAGACGAGCCGAAGGAUUGGAGCAUCGAAAUCCAUACAAAAACACACACACAACUCCUUGGAUAAGUGAUGAAGUCAUGAGACCGACAUUCGAUCGACGCCUCUGGAUAUUAUUGUUCAUUAUUUCAGUACAAUGUACCACCUAUACACAACCACAGAAUAUCAAUGGCAAGCCCAUGCAGAAGCCAAAGCCCGCCGAGCACCGAGCAGUCAGCAAGUGGCUGAGCAUAUCCAGGCAGGAGCCGCACAGCGUCCAGCUGCACGAGCAGCGGCUGGCGGAGCCAGUUGACCAUAAGCCGAGCAGAUGUGCGGCCAGGAACUGCAGCAAGGCCAAGUCGAAGUUGGCCCGGUGGAAGGACCAGCUGAAGGUCCAUCAGGCCCAUCGCGCGGCCCCCCAUGUGGAGGCCAGGCGACGGCAGCGACGCGAGACCCAGGAGGAGGAGGAGCUGCUGGAGCCGGCGGCAUCUAGGCCCACCUUGGUCGCGUCCACGUCCACAUCGGCGGCUGCCACUACGGCAACGGCGGCCACCACCUGGAGCUCCACGAGAAGCGCCCAUGGCUAUGGCAAUGCGUCGUCGGGGCCGGGUCUGGCGCUAACCACGCCCAAGGCCAAGCGGGUGCGCUCCACGCUCCACCUGGCGCCCGAGGAUCUCAAGCCCAAGACCAAGGAGCCUGUCGUCAUCAUCGACGAUGUGGAGGAGUUCGACAGCGGCGCUGGGCCGCGGGACGCAUUCGGGCAAAAGACGACACGCGAGGAGGCGGAGGCGGACAACAGCGAGGAUGAGGAGCCGCUGGAGCCGCGAGUGCUGCCGCUGCGGCCAGUGCCGCCGAAUCCGUACGAGGAUGAGGAGAUGUCCGUCGUGUAUGCCGAGCAGCACUCGGAGAUUCGGCUGAUGUGCGAGGUGGAUCUGGACAUUGCCUCCAGCAUGUGGUACAAGAACGGCCAGGUCGUCCAUGCCAUGGACCGCACCAGCCGAGUCACCGACUACCGCUUCAUCAAGGAGGCUAAUGGGGCGCUAACCAUCACCAAUGUCAUGCUGGAGGACGAUGGCAAGUGGCAGUGCGAGGCGGAGAAUACGCGACGCUACACGGAGAAUGCUCGACCCGUCAAGCUGGUGGUUCUGGAUCGCCCCAAGCCGCCUUAUCUGCUCAUCGACUCGCGUCGCCUCGACGCUGGCAAUAUCUUUGUGCCCGUCAAGGAGAACUCUGAGCUGAACUUGGCCUGCAUCAGCGAGGGCGGCAAUCCACGGCCCACACUCACCUGGGAGGUGCUCCUCAGUCCGGGCGUGGAUCGGCAUGCCCAGAAGGUGUCCGCCGAAGUGCUUGAGCUGGAGGAGAUCAAGAACGAGAAGCAGGACAAGAAUGGCUACAAAAUCAACAGCGGGGCCAAGAGCGAGGCCCGUCUGGCGGCCGUUUAUCGAGCGCAUCACAACGCCCGAAUUUUGUGCGUGAUGGAGCAUCCCACCCUGAAGAUACGCCAGAACGCCUCUCUGCUGCUGGACGUGCAAUAUACGCCGUCAUUUGCCAUCUCGCGCACACCUGGCUUUGGCUAUCCGCUCCGCGAGGGCAUCGAAGUUAGCCUCAAGUGCGACGUCGACUCGAAUCCCCCAAGCACGCCGCGCUGGCAGAAGGAUGACGGUGACACGCCGGUGCCGCAGACCGGCGAUGGCUUCCUCAACUUCACAUCGAUACGGCGGGAGCAUUCCGGCUGGUACAAGUGCACAUCGCGUCAUCUGAACUUUCAGUACUCCUCGAUUGGCUAUUACCUCAGCGUGCGAUAUGACUCGGUGGAUGUGACUUCGGAGCCAGACGAUCAGGAUGUAUCCGUGGCAGCUGCUUCGCACAACCCCAAAGGUCAGCUGGAGGUGCAGCUGGGAGGCGCCGUCACCCUGCAGUGUCCGCAAGGCUCGCUGGGCUGCUGGUCGCAUUUGGAUCCCAUUUCGGCACGGCUGCGCGGCCUCGGCUACGGGAGCAGCCAGCCGACGGGGCAGUUCUCGCUCAAGGACGUGAUGUACCAGGAUGCGGGCGUCUACAAGUGCGUGGGCCAGCCGCUGGCCAACAAGAAGAAGCUGGAGGUGCUGCAGAGCGUCACCGUCUCCGUGAAGGGCUCCCCCACAGCGACGGCCCUGAAUGCCACGCCCGUUGCCUACCCGGGCUCCCCCUUGCACCUCAACGUGGAGUUCUGUGCCAAUCCGCCGGCCCAUGCCGCCCGCUGGCUGCACGGCGACCGUGUCUUCACGCCCGGCAACCAAUACGGCAGCACCGUCCUGGCCUACUCGGUGAAGGAUCUGCCCACGCCCUACUGCAAGGAGGCGCGCCUCACCUACGUCAGCAUGCACGAGCGGGUGCCGCGCACCUUCUACUUCAUUGUCUCGUCGCCGGGUGGCGUGGCCGAGGCCAUCUUCAAUGUGAACUUCACGAAGCGCCACCGCACGAUGUCCAAUGCCAUCGAUGAUGACGACGAGGAGGAGGAGCUCAACCGGCCCGAGCAGAUCCACUUUCCCGUCUUCAACAGCAACACCGCCACCGCCACCGCCCUUGGCCCUGGCCUGUCUCUGGCCCUGGCUCUCCUCUGUUUCAAUCUGCUCAGAUGCCAAUAACUUUAAGUGUGUGAGUGAGUGUGAGUGUGAGUGAAUGUGAGAGUGUGAGUGCGUUCAUUCAACCAAAUUAUUGUACUCUAUGUAAUCAAACCCACUACCUACACUACCUACACUACCACUAUGCAUAUGCAUCCCGCACUCGUAUGUGGAUCUAUCCAAUUACUCGAUAUUAGCAUGUGGACUAUGCCACGCAACUACUACUCUCCACUCUAUAUAGCUAUGUGUAUGUGUAUCUGUAUCUGUAACUGUAACUGUAGCCGAUCUAGCCAAGCAUCAAAAUUGCCCCAGGGCCUAGACUCUAAGCCCCAUCCACACUUAGCAGCUUCUACGCAAUUGUUGGCCAGCCCCCACGCGUUGAGGCGUUGACUUUUCAGCCCUAAACUACUACUCGAAUAUUUUUACUGUAGCCCCUAAACUGUAACUGUAACUGUAACUGUAACUCUGUAUUGGUGUAUGUCAAUGUGUAUGUGUGUGAGUAGAUGCCAAAAAUGAAUGGUAAAAAUCAUUUCAUUCAUCUUGGGCAUAAACAUUGUUAACAGUUGGUUAUUACGAAUACUUUAAGUUCCUUUUCGAGGGAGAUCGAGAUCGAAAGCGAUGAAGAGCGAUCAUCGGAGUGCGACUGAUUUUGUUAAAUACUUUGAGCAAUGUAGGAGCAGAGGAGAACUAAAGGAGGAUGGACAGAGAUGGAUAGACCUAUAGUUUAAAAUUGUAAAUGACGAAAGAGACGUUGGAGAAAAUACCAGGCACGAACAAAUUCCUUCCAUUUGAACUGUUUGCCCCCGCGGCAGCGAAACUGUAAGAUAUUUUGAG